UGUAGUAUUUACAGUCAUAUAAAGUAGUAAUCACAUAAUUAGGGAUUUAGCGAUAAGUUGCAAAUAAUUUUAUAAACAGGAAAUACUUAAUUACAUCAUGGCUGAUGAAACAGAACAGGUUCCAGCGAUAAAUGUUAAGGAACCUUUAGACUUGAUAAGAUUGAGUCUCGAUGAACGUAUAUAUGUUAAAAUGAGAAAUGAGAGAGAACUACGCGGACGGUUACAUGCUUACGAUCAACAUUUAAAUAUGGUACUGGGAGAAGCAGAAGAAACGGUAACCACAGUAGAGAUUGAUGAAGAAACAUACGAAGAAGUUUAUCGUACUACAAAAAGAAAUAUAUCCAUGUUGUUUGUCCGUGGUGAUGGUGUAAUUUUGGUCUCUCCACCUAGCAUGAGGGCACCAAUGUAAAAUGCCAGUUUUUUCGUGAUGUUUGUAAAUGUUACAAACCAAUAACAUAGAGAUAAAUUUAAUAUUAAUAUGAUAUUACCACCUUUUGUACUAGCACUCAACGAAGUUGUGAUAUGAGAAUCAAGAAAAUAACAGAUAAAAUACUAGGAGUUAAUUUAUAACAAAGUUAUAAAU